AUGGGUUGGAUAAGCCUAGGGACAUUUGUUAUCUCGGUCUCGUUUUUGCUAUUCAAGCAUCCUCUAGGAACGUGGAGCCUUGCUCCGUUGUACAAUUUGCUUCGGAUUAGACCCGCUACACCGGAUAUUCCUUCAUCACAAGCCCCACAACCUAUUCGAUCGGAAGCUUCUGGGUUGGAUGAGGAGGCAUCGAAGGAUGGUGAACACCGAUCAGAUUCGCAACCCGAAGACUCAACUCCAAAAGCGACUCCGGAGCAGCUCCCGUUAGUGGACGUGCCAACUUUCAAUUUAGAAAGCCCCGCUGUGGUCGAUGAAAGACUAGAUAUCUCGUUGAACUCCAGCAAUACCAUAAGCCUCUCGCAAAACCGUUCCCCAUCCUCAACUACUCCCAGUCAACCCUCACCAUCCCCCACGACGAGCAAUGCCUCCAAAAAAACUACUCUUACGCGCCCACUACCCCCGCCGACACAAAGAAACCAAAACCAAAAUGCAUCCAUAGCAUCCAGGACGGGUACCAUGUUACCUCCUCCACGACCUUCUUUAAACACCCCACUCCGUCCUCCACCAUCCGCAGCCUCUACCCUCCGUGGGCCCCUACCACGAGGCCUCACAUCUAGCACACUCGCGCCAAUCCAAGUCCAAGGCAAACCACAGCCAUCUCGCCAAGUGGCACUUGAACCAGGCCGCUCACCUCUCGACUGGGCAGCAUUAACUUCCCAACCCAACCAUAAGCUGCGAGGGGAAAAUCUUCCACCGACACUCAUUCGUGUAACGCCGUCGAUGUUGAAGGCGCAUAAUGGAAGGAAAGGGCGAGACGCGUGGACAUCCUACAUGGGUAAAGUUUACAACAUAACUCCCUACCUCCCGUUCCAUCCGGGCGGGAAGGGAGAGAUACUUCGCGGGGCAGGGAGGGAUUCCGAGAAGCAUUUUACGGAGAUUCAUCCGUGGGUUAAUUGGGAUGGGAUGUUAGCGGAAUGUAUGGUUGGAAUACUGGUGAGCGAAGGCUAUGAAGUGGGCGGUGGAGGCGGAAGUUUGGAAGCAAUGGAUUGA